AUGGCGGACGUCAAGAGCAAGAACCUCUACGAGCUGUUGGGGAAUACUUCGGACCAGGAUUCUGACCGCGAGCCUGAUCCACCCACAAAGGCCAUUGACAAGCCAGUCGCUCGUCAUGGUAAACGCGAUGCGCCCAAAGAGGCCCCUGCUGCUACGACUGAACGUGCGAACGUAGCGUCCCGCGGUCGGGGUGGUAACCGUGGGGGUGGCUUCAAUGACAAUGAAGCAGCUUUCCGCAACAGAGCCACAGGCAGGAACUACAACCGUGACCAACCUACCGAGGGUGGUGGCGAGGACGGCUAUGGCAACCGUCCUGGCCGUGAUCGAGGCCCUGGCGUGCAACGCUAUGGUCGCGGCGCCCGUGGCCCUCGCCGUGGUGGUGAUCGCCACAGCCGCACUGGCAUAGCCAACCACCCAAAACAAGAGGGCCAUGGAUGGGGUGAAAACACCGGCGAUGGCGAGUGGGCCGACGAAAAGGCGGGAGAAGCUUUGGCAAAGGAAGAAGAAAAGCAGGCGGGAUUGGAUGCUGGCGCCCAGAACCCAGCGUGGAACGAAAAUGCCGAACCGGCCACUAUCCCUGAAGGUGGUGAGGCUGUUCAAGACGCUAACCCGGCGGAAGGCGAGGCGGAAGAGCCUCAGGAUCACCACAAGUCGUAUGCCGACUACCUGGCCGAACAAGCUGCCAAGAGGUUGGAAGGUCUUGGUCUCAAGGAGGCCCGCAAACCCAAUGAAGGCGCGAAAGAGAACAAGAAAUGGACUGCCGCGAAAGAGCUCACUAGGGCCGAGGAUGAGGACUACUUCAAGGGGGAAGAGAAGGGCAGGCGUGAACGCGAACGUGCGCAGAAGAAAGAAUUCCUCGACAUCGACUACAGUUUCAAGGAACAGCCACGUGAGUCCCGUGGUCGCGGCGGCCGUGGCGCUGGACGAGGACGAGGAGGAGACCGUGGCGAAUUCCGCGGCGGCCGUGGACGAGGACGUGGCGACCGUGGUGACCGUGGUGACCGUGGUGAGUUCCGUGGCGAGUACCGUGGCCGUGGCCGUGGUAGCCGUGGCGAUGCUCCCCCAGUGGCGGUCGACGACGAGUCUGCUUUCCCUAGUCUGGGUGGAAAGUAA